GAUCAGUCGCCACUUCGGUCCGACUUAAAAGGUCGCCGCUGUGAGGUAUGGCCUUUACUCGAUCGCUGAGCGCUAUAUCACUGGGCCACACUGCUCAUAGAGUUAACCCGAGCAGUCGACGCUACACAAAACUGACUUAAUUAUUGGUGGCAUAAAGUGAAUCCUCGACUUACCGUUAAGAGAGGCUGCGAGGGAAUGCUCACUCACCUGCCGGCGGAGCUACACACAUGGGAUAAUAGACGCAGAGGAGAUACCUGGGAGGGAUUACCUUGGUUGCGUUUCUUGUGAAAUUGAUUUCUCAGUGUUGUUAAUGAUGAUGAUGAUGAUGACGGAGACGUGAGACUCACUCUAGAGAGUCACAUCAAGAUGGAAUUACACUUUGAUGGGUUGAUACUAGUAAUAUAUGCUCUGGAGCAAGUGACAGCGAUCGGACUCGAUUAUAUCGGGACCACACUUGUGCCUCUUCCGAAAUUCAUCCCAACAAAAAGUAAUUUUACGUUUAAAGCUGGAGAACUGGCCCGGCUGGAGUGUGCGGUAGAUAACCUCAGCACCAAAAAGGUGAUUUGGCGACGAGGCUCGGAAUCCAACCCGCUGACGAUUGGUAAGCGGACAUUUGUGGACGACAAGCGGGUCAUGAUAGAGCACACACCGCUUCAUCAGAACUGGAAUCUGUUGAUAAAACGUGUGCGUGUUGAUGAUGAGGGCAUGUAUGAGUGCCAGGUGAGCUCCCAGGCCCGCCAUCUCCGUCAUCAUGUCUACCUCACAGUGGAAGUGUCGGAGAACCCACACAGCGGAAAUCCUGAUGAAGCAAGAAAACACCGAAACACAAGUGGUGUUAUUUACGACAUCCGCAUCAGCGGGGACAAGUACGUGGAGAAAGGCCAGAAGAUAAACCUCACAUGCAACGCCACAGGCGAAGAGCAUCCCCCCGAUGACCUGGACUGGUUCAAAAACGGGGAUAAACUUUCCACAAAUUAUGGAAACGGAAUAUUUAUUCAAAAACGCGUUUCCUUGACAACAAAGACAAUUGUGAGCAUUCUUGAGAUCAAGAACGCCGACAUGAAUGAUGCCGGUGUCUACAUAUGCCGAACCUCUGGGCUACAGAUCACGAGUUUAAGGGUCAAUGUCUUGAAUGCGUAUACAAACAACGUCAAAAGACACAAAUCAGAUAAAUACAAUUGGAUUGGAUCUACGGGAGAUUCGACAGCUCCGGUUAUGUGUGGUGAUUUGAUUACUCUGGUCUACUUGCUAACGCUGUGGACGACAGUAACGUGAUACCGACAAUAAGCUGCACUAGAGACGUCGUUGGUGGAACUUGUGCCGAAGAUGGUUUCACAGUCUUGUGAAACUUGCGCUACAAAACAACUGGAUGUAUAAUACAGUGAUAUACUCCGUGAAAACUGUUCACACGCUCGAUAGUUUCUCUCGUCAUCAGCAGUGCCUGAAGUGACCGGUCUGUGACGUCAUGGAAGAUUAACACGCCAUGUUCAUGAGACGUUGACUGCCAGGACAUGAGACGUGGUUGGCUGUCGUCGUCGUUGUGAAUAUGUAGAACUUCCAAUAUUGAACAUGAAACAUGAACACUGUGCCUUCCUGUUUAUCACUGUACAGUUAUUGAUCAAAACGUGUCCCGCAUCAGAUCAGUGUGCCGCCAUCAGAUCAGUGUGUCCUGCAUCAGAUCAGUGUGCCGCCAUCUCUAUAUUACAAGACAUGCGACUGACAUGAAGCCAAUAUUUGAAAUACAACAGAGAGGUUUUUGUCAGUGUACACAUAUUUACGUUUGCCAUCUACCAGACAAAUUUUGUGAUGGUUUCGACAUGAAACUUGGCAUUAUCUUAGACAGAAGGAUUGCAGCCCGACGCUGAUUGUCAACCAGGACGUCAAGAACAAGCGUUCAAAUUAUAUUAUAUUCGGCCAUCUGUUGAGAACUUAUGUUUGCCGUCGAAAUGUCAUGACUUCGACUUAUGACCGAGACGGCAAUAUUUCAGACAGUGGAAGUCUCAGUGUUUUCGUGGUGGUCCUCACGCACCAAGACUUAAAUGUUAGACAUGAUGACUGUACACAGUCGUGGUGUAGCUAAGCUACAAAACAUGUCCAUAUCAAACACAUGGAGGUCACCUCGCAGACUCCUUCAUGGAGUACCCGAUGUAUUUAUAGCAUAUAGAGCUUCCAAUAGCUAAAUCACGACCUCUAGUCUAGUCAUAAACAGUGCCGCUGCGAAGGUGAAUAACCAAAUCAGAAAUAUAGAAAUCUGACACGCACACAUCACCCCGUAAAGCCGCUGUUACGCUGCAUCACAAUCUGUCAUUAUGGGGUCAAGGUCAAACACAAAUUUGAAAUAUACUGUAGACAGACAAAUUACGUUUCUCUUUCCUAUUUCUGCCCAUAUGCUGACUAACACGUGAGACAUAUCAAUCCUAUUUUUUGUUAUUUACAAAGCAUGUCAAGGGGCCUACAAAAACGUUUGUUAGGAUAGUUCCAGAAACAGUUGCUUACAACAGAAACAAACACAGACAUUUCGAGAUAACAGAUGUCGAAUAUUCUUACACUGUGACAACAACGUUGCUGUCGACGCCAUUUGGAGUUUUUCUGCCAAAGACAAAGUGCAUAUUUGUGUAUAUAGACCUACUAGUGGUUGAACUGUCAUAUACCUUGUGUCUGUCUUUGAGUCAUUACAUUUCCUUUCAUUUUUCAUUUUUUGUAUUUUUGUCAUGACGCCGAUAAAAUACCACAGUAUUACAACGUAGACAAAUCUGUGUAUAUCAAACUACGGACUUGUCUGUGUGACCUAUGGUCAGUAAUCAUAAUGACAAUGGGCACAGUGAGGCUUACAAAAGGUACAGUCGACUUUAUCAAUUUUCUGACCAGUGGUAUAUCCGGUGCUGUCGGUGCAUCAGUUGUCGAGGAUGUAUUAUAUAUCGUGAUAUUUAUUAUUGAUGCGUCUCUUGAAAAAAUUCAAACAUGACCAUCCAGAUAUGAACAACACUUCCCGACGGUGUCCCAUUUCCUUAUAUCUUACAAUCGGCCGCCAAUAACAGACUGAUGUGGUGUGUGAUGUGGCUGCGAGAGCUGACGGUGUUGCAGAUGCAGAAAACAGCAAUGAAACAAUGGCGCGUUCGCUGUCAGAAAAAAAUGUUGAAAUGUCACAGGUAUCGGCUUUGGUAUAUGACAUUAAUGCUACAUUAUGCUACAUACUGUAUUCGUUGGAUGGUUCGUAUGUUCCGAUACAGUUAUAGCCACUGACAUUGACAACUUAAUAAUACUGUGCUUGAAUCCUGUUUCUCUUUUGUUAGAAUAUUCCCCUUAAAUCUAGGAUUUCACAUUAAAUGUAUGAUUCGCUCAAGGUGAUCGAAUGGUUUUCUUUUAUAUCAUAAAUAUCUCGAAUAAUGUGUCGUUAAAGUUUUAAAAGUCAAACAAUGCCUUUGUUUAUUACUUGCCUGUGAGCGUGAUUCUGGAAUCUCGUCACAUUUGAGUACUGGAUGUAGAUGGACUCUAACAAUACUCUAACUUGUAAACAUGCAGCUGAAACAGUAGUCCACUCAAUGCUCAAGAAGUAUGCAUUGUGGCAUUCACCCUCUCUGUUGUCACAGAUGCUGCUGAUAGAAACAAAAUAUCCUCAUCAAAACUUGAGUCGUCAUAAACUGAAAAUAAAACAUGAAAUGGACA